AUGGAAGGCGAUAAUUGCAAUAAAUCUCGUCAUAAAAGCCACAACAUGAUUAACCCUAAUUAUGCAAGUGUACGAUGUACACAACCUCUUCCAUCUGUAAUCCAACUUCGAUCUCGAAACAAAAUGAUUGGCAUCACUGAAGACCCUUCUUCAGACUCUGAACCCGUAUCCUCCAACCAGCCAUUAUUGCUCACAAAUUUAAGUUACGAGGUGCAUACAUUUAACGACAACAAUAAUCAUGAGCGUCCCGCACCCCAAGAACAAUCUACACAAAACACUAUGAUUUCAAUGCAAUCAGAACAAAAAUCAGAUCGAUUCACCGCUUCCAACCUUGGGAUGUUCCAAUACAUGAAGUUUGAGAUAGGAGAAGAUGGAGAUGAUCAUGAGGAAGAAGCAAUCCUCACGAACAGGGAGAAACUGAGACACAUCCUUCAUUCUAAACCAAUACAUGUUGCAAUCAUAGUCCUAGUAGUGUUGGACAGUUUCCUUGUAGUUGGUGAACUCCUUAUUGACCUCAAAGUAAUCAUUGUACCACAUGGUAAUCCCGCACCAGAGAUAUUACACGGGUUUUCUCUCUCAAUUCUAUCAAUAUUUAUGGUGGAAAUCGCUUUGAAGAUAAUCGCCGAUCAUCGUCACUUCAUACACCACAAGGUGGAAGUGUUGGAUGCGGUUGUCGUGGUGAUAUCGUUCGGUGUCGAUAUCGCUCUUAUAUUCGUCGGGGAGAGUGAAGCCCUCGCUGCUAUCGGACUCCUUGUCAUUCUACGGCUGUGGAGAGUCUUCAGAAUCAUUAAUGGUAUCAUCGUAACAGUAAAAACUAAAGCAGACGAUAGAGUUCAUGAAAUAAAGAAAAAGAAUUCUGAGCUGGAAUUACAAAUUCAUAAUCUAGAAGAGAAACUCUCACAAAAGGAGCAAGAUAUGUCCCGCCUGCAUGAGAUUCUACGUUGCAAUAAUAUCGAUAUCCCACCAACAGUGCCUUUAACUACUUCAGUGCAAAUCCAUAGUACCACAACAGCCUCUGCUGAUGUUUAA